AUGAGACGAUUAAGUACCUGGCUGCAUGCACGGUUCCGUGCGCGUACAGACUCAACGUCCAGUGUGCCGGAUGAACAUGCCGAAACGUCCUCCCUGUCCGGUAGCAAUCAUCAUUUGAACAGCCGCAAUUUUGACGGCGAAUCGUUGGACGGCGAACAGGCACUGGCCAUCAUCCGGCGCAACCUGAAGUCGAGCGCGAUGGACACGGAAGGCACACACUUUGACUGCAACUGUCCGCACAUUUUCGUUGUGUUUGGCGCAUCGGGAGAUUUAGCAAAAAAGAAGAUCUAUCCCACACUGUGGUGGCUGUUCCGUGACAAUCUGCUCCCUUCGGACACUAAGUUCAUCGGGUACGCCCGUAGCAAACUGUCAAUUCCCGAGCUGAAGGAGAAAUGUCGUCAGUACAUGAAGGUAAAGGAUGAUCAGCUGGACAAGUUUGAAGAGUUUUGGUCGGUCAACUUCUACGUCGCUGGUAGUUACGACUCCCGGCGCGACUUUGAGCUGCUCAACCAGGAGAUCAGCAAGUUCGAGGUCGGACGGGCUGCAAAUCGCCUCUUCUAUCUGGCGCUGCCACCGUCCGUGUUCGAAUCCGUUACGGUUCAUAUUCGCAACACUUGCAUGGGAGAGAAAGGAUGGAAUCGUAUAAUUGUGGAGAAACCGUUCGGUCGUGAUGCGCAAAGUUCGAACGUGCUGAGCGUACAUCUCGCGAAACUGUUCACCGAAGAUCAGCUGUAUCGCAUCGAUCACUACCUGGGUAAGGAGAUGGUCCAGAACCUGAUGACGAUACGGUUUGGCAAUCAGAUCUUUAGCCCGACCUGGAACCGGGCGCACGUCGCCUCGGUGUUGAUCACGUUUAAGGAACCGUUCGGUACGCAGGGCCGUGGGGGGUACUUUGACGAUUUCGGCAUCAUUCGCGAUGUGAUGCAGAACCAUCUGCUGCAGAUACUGUCGCUGGUGGCGAUGGAAAAACCGGCCACUUGCCAUCCGGACGACAUUCGCAACGAGAAGGUGAAGGUGCUGAAAAGCAUCAAGGAACUAUCGAUUGAGGACGUUGUGUUGGGACAGUACGUGGGUAAUACUAGCGGUGCGGAUGAGGAUUCGCGGAUGGGUUACCUGGACGAUCCGACCGUGCCGAAGGGUUCGGUAACGCCCACGUACGCACUGGCCGUGCUGAAGAUCAAUAACGAGCGUUGGGAUGGGGUACCGUUCAUACUGCGCUGUGGUAAGGCACUGAACGAACGGAAGGCAGAGGUACGCAUCCAGUACCAUGAUGUGCCGGGCGAUAUCUUCGAUGGGAAACCGAAGCGCAACGAGCUGGUCAUACGGGUACAGCCGGGCGAAGCGUUGUACGUGAAGAUGAUGACCAAAUCGCCCGGUAUUACGUUCGACAUGGAGGAAACGGAACUCGACCUGACGUACGGCCAUCGGUACAAGGAUGUGGCGUUGCCGGAUGCGUACGAGCGGUUGAUACUGGAUGUGUUCUGCGGUUCCCAGAUGCACUUUGUGCGUGCGGACGAGCUGAGCGAGGCAUGGCGCAUCUUUACACCGCUGCUGCACUACAUCGAGCGGGAACGGCCGGAGCCGAUCAAGUACAUUUAUGGGUCGCGCGGACCGAAGGAGGCGGACCGGAAGUGUGACGAGAACAACUUCAAGUACUACGGUUCGUACAAGUGGCAUCAGAAGCACUGAGCAACGUUAACGUGUGCGGAGUUUAAAAUUUCGAAUUUAAGU